AUGAAUACCGAAUAAAUCCUUAUAUCCUUCUUCUUUAUACAUGCCUUACUGUCUAUUGUUGUUUAUUGCUUAGAACUAAAUAUUUUUAAACUAAUAAUUGAAGGAUUACUUAUGACUACCAUAAUAUUAUUUUUUAUUUUUAGGAAUAAAAAGAAACUAAUUUUCAUUAUUUAAACUCUUUUGUCUCUCAAUAUAUUCAUAAUUGGACUUAUUUAUAUCAAUUCGUCAUACAUAUUUAUACAUUUUUUAGGUUGGUUCAUUUUUACAAGAAAAUUCUUAAAAACUCAUAAAAUUAUACGAUUACUUCAUUGUAUAAUUAUAAUACUUACUUCUAUAUUUCAAAUUUGGAGACUUUGGAAAAAUGAUACAUAUCAAUCAAUCAUACAUAUGUAAGGAGUAUUAAGUUUCACUGCUUGUUAUUUUUAUUAUGAAUACUAAAAUCAUAUAAAAUAGAACAACACAGAAAUGUUUUAAAGCUCAUAAAAAGUUAUUAGUGAAGAUUUUCAUAGAUUCUUAACAACAAGAAGAUCAAUGAAUACUUUAUGCUCUGAUUUUGUUAUUUUAGAUAUCAUUCCUCAUGGCGUAGUUUUACUUACUUGUAAAUAUGAAUUCUAACACAUAAAUGAAAAAGCUUCAGAUUAAAUCUUUGGUUUAACUGGAAUUAAACCUAAUGAAGAUAAUAUUGUUGAUCUUAUAAAUUCAGUUUUAAAAGAGUAAUCAAUUUUAUUCACUAAUUAGUUUAAUAAGCUAAAAAAAUUCCCCUUUAAGCAAAUCUGAAAAAUAAGUUUCCAAAUUGAUUAAUCCAUAGAAUUUAAAAAAUCUUGAUUAAAAUCAUGAUAUUUAAUUAAGUCCUUUAGAACAUAUCAUCAAUAAUCAAAAAGGAUCCUCAAUUAUGACUGUAACAUAUUCAUUUAAAUUUAUUAGAGUAAACUCAUUACUAAUUAUUAAUCUUAAGGAAAAAUAAGAAGUGUCAAAUUUUAAAUUUAAAAAUAAGAACUACCAAAUAUAAUAAUCAUUUUAAUCUUAGAUGUUACAUCUAAAAUCUAAAAACAAAAUUAAGAAAAACGAUUCAGAUUUCAACAUUAAUUACUGAAUUCUUUUUCUCAUGAAUUAAGAACUCCUCUUAAUUGUUCUCAAUAAUUAUUAGAAAGUUUAAUUGAAAAAUAAUAAAACGAAGAGCAGUUAAAGUGUUUAUAUUAGGUUUUUCAUCAAAAUGAUUUACUUUUAUGUUAAAUUAAUGAUAUUCUAGAUUAUGCUUCAAUGGAAACUGAUAAUUUUUAUUCUUUUUAUUCAGUAUUUACACUUGAUCAACUCUUUAAUCAAUGUCUUGAAAUGUAUUAAUAAGGAUGUAAAUUAAAAAAUAUCAAUUUAAAUAUUAAAAACACUGUUUAUUCUCCUAUACGUAAUGAUUAUAUGAGAAUCAAAUAAGUUUUAGUUAAUCUUAUUAACAAUUCAAUAAAAUUUUGUUCUUAAAAAGGAAAUAUAACCAUUCAAGCCAAAGAAAAAAUUUAAAUUGAUAAAAAAUUGAUAAAAAUAAAAAUUAAAGACAACGGCAUAGGUUUCGCUUAAACAUAAUUAUCAUUAAUAAAUCAUGUUCUUGAUUAAAAUAACGAUUAUUUUGAUGCCACUACUUCAAAGUGUAUUGGAUUAGGUUUAAAAGUAGCUAAUAAAUAAGUUAGAUCUUUCAUUAAAGGAUACAAUAGAAUAAAAAUAUCAUCCAUUUAAAAUUAAAAAACGAAUGUUUCGUUUUACAUAGAAGAUUAAAUUGAGGAAUAAGAAAUAGAUUGUCAAUCAAGAGCGUCUAAAACUCUUCAUUGUAAUAUCUCUACAAUGACGAAUUCAGAAUAUAAAUUUAUAUCUGCUUUAAAAUGUAAAUGCCCUAAAAUUUUGGUUGUUGAUGAUAUUCCAUUUAAUCAUUAAGCCUUAUAAAUCAUGUUAAGUGCUUUUAAUUAGUUAUGUGAUCAUGCUUUUGAUGGUUUAGAAGCAUUUUAAUGUGUAAACAAACGGCUUUAGAAUAAUAAAUGUCAUCCUUAUUAUUAAUUAAUUUUAAUGGACAUAGAAAUGCCAAAAAUGAAUGGAUUUGAUUCUGCUAUGAAAAUUGCAGAAUUACUUGAGAAAAAUCAAAAUUAAACUAAAAUUGUUAUGUGCACAGCAUAUGAUAAUUUGGAAAGUAGAUUAAUUGCUAAAUAAUGUAUGAUAGAUGAUUAUUUACCAAAACCUAUUUAGAGGAGUAAUUUGCUUCAUAUUCUAAAUAUAUUUAUUAAAUGA